CUCUGCUCCUCGCCCUCCCAUACUUACAUUUAGAGUUCCCACUUUCCCCUUCUGUUAUGGCACCCAACUCUCCUUGGUCUGCCAUGAAGGCGAGAGUCGAGGUAGAGGACCCAGAGCCAGUCAUCACUGGGUUCAACAACAAUGACAGUAGCUGCGAUGGUGUCAAUCAUGACAAGAACGAGAAGCCUGACAGUUUGGAGCUCCGCCUAUGGUGGCCUUGUGAGACUAUGCAAAAGGAGGGUAUACGAGUCAUGGAGGAAGGCAAGCAGGCGACGAUGUUAGUGGGGAAGAAGGUGAAGGUGCCAGAGAUUGGGAUGUCCAUCCAUCAACCAGUGAUCGUACCAAGCGCUAGAAAGUGUUGGACCGACAGGGAACAUAUGCUAUUUCUCCGAGGAUUGGGUGACUAUGGGCGUGGAAAAUGGAAGGAAAUAUCCAAGGACUUUGUCACCACCAAGACUCCUGUGCAGGUUUCAAGCCACGCACAGAAGUACUUCAGGAGGAUAAAGAAAGGAGAGAUGGAAAGGCAGCGUUACAGCAUCAACGACCUAGAGCUCAAAGUUGUCAAACCAUGGAUAAUCGGAAAUAAGUCUAGUGCCUACCGAUCUCUCAUCUUUGACCAAAACCAAAGUUUUGACAUGUAAACUCAGCAUUAAGCUAGGUCCUCAGCCUGAAUAAUAUCGCUCAGUUCUGGUUACCAUUCUCAAGGACAUAGCCUCCAAAAAAUAGUAUCUUGUUGAACAGAACAUUUCUCAGUUACUAUAUUGGGAGAGUCGACCA